AUGGACCCCCCUGGACUGGACCCCCCCUGGACUGUACCCCCCCCUGGACUGUACCCCCCCUGGACUGGAACCCCCUCCUGGACCGCCCCUGGACUGGAACCCCCUCCUGGACCGCCCCUGGACUGGAACCCCCUCCUGGACCCCCCUGGACUGGAACCCCCUCCUGGACCGCCCUGGACUGGACCGCCCUGGACUGGACCGCCCUGGACUGGAACCCCCUCCUGGACCCCCCUGGACUGGAACCCCCUCCUGGACCGCCCUGGACUGGACCGCCCCUGGACUGGAACCCCCUCCUGGACCCCCCUGGACUGGUCUCACCGUCGCUCUGUGAUACACCGACAAAGUCUCGUGGUGGAUUAA